UCCUGGCUGGUAAUUUAUUGGUUCUUGUGAGGAUAAUCUGGUCAAUUUAAACAUUUGUAAUGAACCGGAGGACAACUACAAGUAUCCGAGCCGAAGAUUGAAUUUUGAUUCAACAUAACGAAAAACAGAGUGCGCGAAGCAAAGCAGAGGUUUGAAUUGAUAGGAUGGAAGUGGAACAAGAGUUUGAGUGGAAUGAAGCGCAAAAGAUUGAGAUAAAUGUGGACCUCGUGGCUGCAGCCAAACGGCACCUUCAGUUCCUUGCCGCUGUUGAUAGGAAUCGUUACCUCUAUGAUGGCCCUGCCCUUGAGAGGGCCAUCUAUAGGUAUAAUGCUUGUUGGCUUCCCUUGCUUGCCAAACAUUCUGCAUCCCAGAUUCCUGAAGGGCCUUUGGUUGUUCCUCUUGAAUGUGAAUGGGUUUGGCAUUGUCACAGGCUUAAUCCAGUACAAUACAAAUCUGACUGUGAGGCACUUUAUGGAAGAGUCCUUGACAACUCUAAUGUCUUGUCUUCUGUUCAAGGCACUUGUCAAAGGCACACUGAAGAGAUCUGGAAUAGACUGUUUCCUGAAGAGCCCUAUAACUUCAUCCUAACCAGAGCAUUCUCGGAAAAUGUCUCUGAGAAGCUUUCCGGCAGUGAAAAGUACACUAAAUAUGAUCUGGUUUCAGCAGUUAAAAGACAGAGUCCUUUCUUUUACCAGGUAUCCAGACCUCAUAUGAACAAUGAUCUCUUUCUUGAAGGAGCUGUUGCUAGAUAUAAAGGAUUUUUGCAUCUAAUUAAGAGAAACAAGGAGAAGUCCAUAAGACGUUUUUGUGUUCCUACAUACGACAUUGACCUUAUCUGGCAUACUCACCAGCUGCACCCUGUUCCAUAUAGUAAAGAUCUCAAUGAAGUGCUUGGAAAGGUAUUGGAGCAUGACGAUAUGGACUCGGACAGAACUAAAGGGAAGAAGCUGGAUACUGGAUUUUUUGGAACUACCAAACAGUGGGAAGAGACAUUUGGUAGAAGGUAUUGGAGAGCAGGAGCAAUGUAUAGGGGCAGUGCCCCAUCUCCAGUCACAACCACUCCUUGCUUAUCUUACAUGAUUGGCAAGGAGGUAGAUGCAUCUAAUGAGUUUCAGAAAAUAAUUCAGCUUCCACAGCGGAAGGUUGUGGAGGUCCUUUUGGAGAUUGUUGGAGUCAGGAACUUACCAGAAGGGCACAAAGGAAGUCUCUGUGUCUCAUUUUGCAAGAGACAACCUGAUGCAAUCUUUAAUGCUUCACGGAACCUGAGUAUUUUGUCCGAGUCUGGAAAGAAGCAGGUUGCUGCUUUUGAAUGUGAACCAACAGGAGAGCUGCUGUUUGAACUCAUAUCCCAUUCAACUUCCAACUUACCAAUAAAAAGGGCUCCAAAAGUAUUGGGUUCUACUUCACUCUCUCUGCAAGACUUUCUGGGCCCCGUCUCCGAACUUUCAGUUGAAAAAUGGUUGGAGUUGUUGCCAAGUUCUAGCACUGUAAUCUCAAAACCAAUAAGCCUUCGAGUUGCUGUUUCUUUCACUAUUCCAUCUCCAGCGCCAUGUUUGCUUCACAUAAUUUGCUCUCGACCAUUUUUAAAAAGUUCUUGUUUGUUCCCCUUCCCUGGAAUGUUUCGUCAUACCAAGAGCUUGGCGCAUGUCAUUGAUGAAACUGGUGUAGAGGUCCUCAGCCUCCAAAUGAGGGACUCAAGCCAGGACAAGGCAGGUGAAAAUUGCAUUCCCAGGAAAGAGGUAAUUGGUGUUAUGGCUUCUGGUGAAACACGCACUCUUGCUGAGUUUGUCGGCACUGGGUGGUCUUUGAUGGAUUCUCACUGGUCCCUUCAGUUUCAAAAGAAAUCCAGUGAUGAUGGCCAUAUAUUUGAGCUCACUGGCAGUAGGACGAUUAAAUUUUUCCUUGGAAGAAAGCUGGCGUAUGAACCCAAAUAUUGUGAGAAGCAUAGAAGUGAACAUAACUUUGUGACAGCAGUUGAAUUCUCUACGGAAGACCCCUAUGGCAAAGCGGUAGCAUUGUUCAACUUGAAAUCUGGGAUUUUCAAGGUGGUGGAAGAAUGGAUGGUAGUGCCUGGAAUUACAGCCACAUUUAUACUUACUGAUAUUUUUAAGAAGGGAGGAUACGAUGGAUUUGGAGUGAAUUGCGAAGACAUGGGAACCGAUAGUCCAACUGAAAUUAUCAAGGGAUUUGGUGAGGAAGGCAAGAGCGCCAACCUGACCACUUCCGUAGCAAGUGAAGUAGAGUUGAAUGAGGACAUUGCUAAAGGAAAUGGUGCAAUAGCAGAAAAUGGCAGUUUGUCUAGUGGAGGUUGUGGUGGAGCGUGUGGUAGUGGCUGUGGAAAUGCCCUAAAGAGCGGUGGCUGUGGCGGAUGUGGCACCGGCUGUGGUGGUGGUGGAUGUGGAAACAUGGUUAAGAGCGGAGGGUGUGGUGGGUGUGGCAGUGCUGGUUGUGGCAGUGGCUGUGGAAACAUGGUGAAGAGCAGUGGGUGUGGUGGCUGUGGCAGCAGUGGUUGCGGUGGUUGUGGUGGCGGCUGCGGGGGGUGUGGUGCCAAAUCUGCAUAUGAAAAUAAACCCGGUAACUCCUGUGCCGAUGAACAUUCAGAGGAAACAAAGGUCUUUAUCAGUGAGGCUUUGGCCGUCUGAAGUUUGUGUGCAUCAUGGAAGAUCAGCAAGAGUCCAAACUAAAUAAAAGUUCCCGUCCAGGUAUCACAAUUUAUGUACAGUAUCUAUUGCAACAAGUACAGCUAUCUUAUGUGGAUGUGUUCUUAA